UGCCCUGUGACGAAAUAUCAGCUGUUGUGGAACCAUUGUGGUGUUUAGGGAAUAAAAUUUCGAUGUAUAGAACCUAAUAUCGCAAAAUUCAUUUUAAAGGGUUGAAUAUAUUUGUAUUUAAAAUCAUAAAAUGCCUUACUUUUGUGUUGAUUCCUAGAUAACUGUGUAUUAUUAUUUUAAAAACAGUAUUAGAUCUAGAAUUCUUGAUAGUGGAACUAAAAGUUGCAGCAAAACCUGGCUACAGGCUACACAAUACCGGCAUCGCUCAUUGUUAAGUACACUUCUUCAAAAUGGAAAAUCUCACUGCAAUUCUUCCUACUUCAGAUCAAUUUUUAGAUUAUUUACCAGAAAAUCCUAUUAAAGAGUCGUUUGCAAAUGCGUGGAUGUAUAUGACGAAAAAUUACACCAAAUUUCAAAUAGCAACAUGGGGUUCCUUGAUACUUCAUGAGCUGGUUUAUUUUGCAGCCUGCUUGCCCGGUAUACUUUUCCAGUUUGUUCCUUUUAUGAGAAGAUUUAAAAUACAGCAGAAUCGUCCUGAAACUUUUGAGGGUCAAUGGAAAUGCUUUAAACUAUUAAUGUUUAACCAUUUUUGCAUACAGUUACCCUUGAUAGCUGGUACAUACGUGUUUACAGAAUAUUUCAAUAUACCAUACGGUUGGGAAGAAAUGCCUCCAUGGUAUAAUCUUGCUUUGAGAGUGUUUGGUUGCGCUGUUAUAGAAGAUACUUGGCAUUAUUUUCUUCACUCCGCUCUCCAUGACAAGCGAAUAUAUAAAUACAUUCACAAAGUACAUCAUCAAUAUCAGUCUCCAUUUGGAAUGACAGCAGAGUAUGCUCAUCCUGCUGAAACUCUUAUUCUUGGCAUGGGAUUUUUCUGGGGCAUCUUGCUGCUUGCAAACCAUGUGAUUCUGUUAUGGCUUUGGGUGACUGUUCGUCUGUUUGAAACAAUAGAUGUCCACAGUGGCUAUGAUAUACCUUAUCUGAAUGUAUUUCACUUAGUUCCCUUUUAUGGAGGUUCCAGAUUUCAUGAUUUCCAUCAUUAUAACUUCACUGGAAAUUACUCUUCUACAUUUACUUGGUGGGACAAAAUUUUUGGUACAGAUCGUCAGUUCAAGGAAUAUUAUAGUAAACUUGAAGGCAAGAAGGAAAAAGAUCAGUAAAUUUCAAUCACCUACACUUUGUUUGAUACAGACCAAAGUUUGCCCUUGGUUAUAGGUGUAAUAGUACUACACCAAAAAAUUAAUGAAUUUUUAAAAAAUUUCUUGUUUAGUAUAACAGCUCAAUUUGUUAAUUUCUGAAUCAUAUUGCUGUGUCGCAAAGAUUAAAAAUAAUACUAAGUAACAUUGUCAUAUUUUGAGUGAACAUUAUGUUCAUUAGUCGCAUUUUACAAACCUUGACAUAACUAUUUCUCAACUGCUCUAUUUUGGUACUAUGAUUUUUAUCACCCAGAGAUAGGUCUUUUUUUUUUUUUAACUUUGCCCUACCUCAUCGGGCUUGCAGGUACUCAUCAAUAAUCCUUAUCCAAUUAAAGGUUUUUUAAAUUAUAUUUCAAGUUCCAUUUGCUAGUUAUAUGUGUACUGAAUAAUCUUGAGCUAGUCUUCUGCUAAUUUUUAAUAUCAUUGUACAAAAGUUUCAAUAUUAAAAUAUGAAAAUCUGUGUUGUAAGUAAUUGUUGCAUGCUAUAUUAUUCUGCUAUGAGCAAAUGAUUUUUUUUUUUUUGCUGUGAUUUUAAAGAAUGUAAUUCAACUUAAUUUUUUUUAAAUGACUUAAUUAUAUAUGAUUACCUAUCAACUUCUAACAUCUGAUAAAAUUUUGAAAUGAUGGGAAUGAGUUCAACAUCAACUUAAAAUUAUAUUUUACUGUUUUAAUAUUAAAACAACUGAUUAUGUUUAUUUAUACCAUACAUUAUGUGUAUGUGUGAAUGUAUAUACUUGUUUGUAUAUAUUUUAUUAUAGUAUAGGUACCUAAUUGAAAAGGUGUAUAGAUUAUCAUAUUUUUCCAAUCAAAGCAAAUGCACCUUCUGUUCAGACUUAUGAAUAAAUAUUUUAUUUCUUUACCAAUGUUCUAACCAGGUUAUCCAGUAAAUGAGAGCAUAAUAGGUGUUUUUUUUAAAGUUAAGGCAAGAGGUAGUAAGGUUAAAUUUAAGUUUUUAUUUAAGCUGGUGUUUUAUGGUUUUCUUUGGUAGAACAUUUAAAUUAACUUUAUUUACAAUAUUUGCCAGAAGUGUUAAACCACUAAGACAUGAUCCUGCAAUAAAUUUUUAGUUUUUUACUCUGA